AUGAGUAAUUUCACAUUAAGCAAGACCUGGCAAAUCUUAGGUCCCUUUCCAAUUGGUACUCGAGAACAAGAUUUCGGAGCAGACCCAUUAGAAUGUUAUGGUGGCUUCUCGAAAUUAAGGUACUCCGCAGGCGCAAAGUAUCCUUCCGAAUUGGUCGACGGAGGAUUUGUUGGUUGGAGUAUGCUUAGUUCUAUCAACCAUACAGUCGGGCCUAUUGAUUUCCGAAACGCUAGAUGGAAGGACAACGGAGUGCCUUUUGGAUGGUCUAUAGAACAGUAUCAAGCAUGGGCAAGAGGUAUUUUGGUUGUUCACCAGCCCACCAAAGUAUUUAUGCAAAUAAGCGGUGUUUCGGAAUACUACAUCAACGGCGAAAAGAGAUAUCACGGUGAUUGUUACAAUUACAACACAACGACUCAUAUUGUUCAUUUCGAAAAGGGAAAAUAUGUGAUAGAUGUACGUAUGGUUCACGAUAUAAGAAUAUUUGGGGGAGGAACGACACCACCGCAAUGCCAAUUUCAAGUAUUGAUCGAGCCGACAAAAAAGGAGGAUUUGAUGGUAUACCCUGAAGAUUGUGCAGUCAUCACACCGUCGCAAACGAAAAAAGAUGCAGACCCUAUGUGCGAGAUAUUAAUGCCCGAUUACUUAAAAGAUAUCGGUUUUGCAGGGUCAUUUGGUAGUGUGUCAAUUCAAAAUAUAGGUGAUGAUUCGAUCGUUGUAAAGUCUAUUACUUUAUGUGUAGUCGACAGCCGAAGUUUAGAAGGGAACAAAAAGGGGUUAUUUGUGGAGUACAAGACUGAUCUAUUGGUUAAGAAUAUAUCUAUCAUACCCGGUCAAAUUAGACCUAUUGGAUUUCAAUUCCAAAAGGAAUGGGGGUCACUGCCUGCAGUGGAGAUAUUGAAAUACUGGGUACGCAUUAGUCUUGUGGUGGAUGAUAGGGACGAAAUGACGGAACAAAACGAAUUUGUAAUUCGUGCAUCAUGCUCAAAGAUUACACACGUAGACUGGAUAAAGUCUGUGUUCAAAUUCACCUUUUUGGAUUACGACAAUACAGUUCAAUAUGCUAUGGCAAAAAGGCCAGAUAUAUUAACUUCGAAUCCUAAAAAACCUAUUAUUAUUGCUUUGCAUGGAGCCGGUGUAGAAGCGGAUUCCAGUUUUUGGACUAAAUCCAUUCCCACACAACCGUCGUCAUGGAUUUUAUUUCCAACAGGUAGAACGCCAUGGGGAUAUGAUUGGCAUGGACCUAGUACACGGAAUGUAUUCAAAUCCCUUGAAGGUCUUAAGGCAAUACAGGAUUUACUCCCACCUCAUUUUGAGUGCAUCGAUUCCGCCGGCGAAGAUUGGGUCAACGUAUCGGCACCCGAUGAGACAUCCAAGACAUUGAAAGCUCGAGAUGAUAAAGAAUGGGUGAUUGGAAAUAUGGACAGAUUAAUUCUGAUGGGUCACAGCAACGGCGGACAAGGAGUUUGGCAUUUGGCUGUGCAUUUCCCGGACAAGAUUAUUGCAGUUGUUCCAGCUGCAGGAUACCUUAAAAUCCAAGACUACGUUUCGUUUGCUAAUUGGGUUGGAAACUCUUUUAGUGAUCCAUCCUUAAGGGCUGUUUUGGAAUCUGCCAUCACCGAAUAUAAUAACGACCUGCAUCUAUCAAAUAUGAUUGAUAUAGCAGUUUUGCCACGAGUAGGCACUGAAGAUGAUAACGUGCCUCCGUUACACACCAGAAAAUACGUGCGGAUUUUGAAUGGAUUAAUGAAAAAUUCUACCGCCAUUAAAACUUCUGAAGCUAUUGGGCAAGGACAUUGGUGGGAUUCUGUAUUCACAGACAAGAUUGUGCAAGACUUUUUGAUUAAGCAACAUGAAAAACCGAGCCCACGCGAAUUCUGUAUCACCUCAACAAAUCCAGCCGGAAUUGGAAGUGUCAAUGGAAUCCACCUUGAACAAAUAACGGUCCCAUACAGAUUAGCUAAAAUUAAAGGGGUUGAAUCAAACGAAAAUAUAUUGUCAAUCAAGACUACAAACGUGUCAUCUUUUAGGCUCACAAGACAUUUUAAAGGAUAUCAGAAACUCGUGAUUGAUGGCGAUCGUUUCUCUCAUUUAGAGAAAAUUCAUACUGAAAAAGGCAACGUUGUGUUUUCAAUGGAUAAAAAGAGUAAACGCUGGAAGCUGGAACAAGUCAAAUCAACAGAGCGCAACGCAGCUAAUUAUGGGCCAAUUCAUCGAAUGUAUGAAUCAAAGAGUGCAUUGACAAUUGUUAUACCCGAAAAAGGGGACCAUUAUCAGCAUGUCGCAUUGCAGAUAGCACACGAUUGGUAUCUCUACGGACGCGGUGAUUCACGUAUAGUGUAUGAUGGGGAUAUUGCAGCCUAUGAUAAGUGCAGCAGCGGAGGCUACAGAGUCUACUUGGGUCUACCUUCUGAAAAUAAACUUAUUGAUCAGAUCAUAUCGGAUAAACCAUGUGGUAUUGAAUUUGAAAAAUCAGCUUUGACUGGUAUUAAAGUAGGAGAUAAACUUUAUAACGACCCUGGAACAGGUAUAUUAUUUAUGCAACCAUGCAACCAACAUGGCGAAAUGGCAAUCAUAAUAUCUGGUGUGGAUCUAAUUGGAUUUGAUUCAGCAUGGCGUUUGUUACCAAAACGGACCGGAAUGAUGGUGCCAGAGUGGAUUGUCACGAGCAGUGAAAUGAAAUCGAUAGGAUUAGGAGGUGUACUAGGCGCAGGAUACUUUGAUAAUGAAUGGAAGCCUUUUGGGUUUAUAUGAUCUAGACUUUAAACAACAGACAUGUGUAGAUUAGAUCCUUUUUAAGAAGAAACCCUAAAAUAGGAGAAUACCUGUGUUACAAUCACUUUUUACUAACGAUGAUCUUUUUUUCCAUGCAUAGCAUUUGACAAUAAAAAAGCACACCUGUUUUUUUUGAUGCUGUGUGACUAUU